GAAUGAGGUCUAUCUUACUUCAACUCUAUCGAGUUGAAAUCUCGUUUCCGCAGUGAUUGAUGCGCUGGCCGCCUGAUGUCGAACUGCCAUCAGGAACAAAGAGCCUAAUUACUAGAACUUGAAGGCUUCUCGAGCUAGCUCUGUCCUUGUCCCCGUCCUUUUACCCAUUAUGUCCCCACUCACCAAGGCAUGGUCGUUAAUAGUGGUCCUAGCUGCUGCUGCGAUUGUACCCAGAGGUGCUUUUGCGCAGACAUCCAAUGUGACUUGCGUCUCCGGCUUUGAUUGGAUGAACAACACUCUCCAGCAGAACCCUUGCACAGUUGCUGCCUACCUCGAGAGUGUCUGCUCGGGUGGAGAUUUUUCGAUCUAUCCUUUACCUGACGGUACCCAUUAUGCAGGUCCUGAGGUCACCGGAGCCAACGCUUGCGAAUGUAGUACCGUAGUCUACUCGCUGAUUAGCGCUUGUGGCGAUUGUCAGAACCGCACGUUUCUGAGCUGGAGUCUCUGGAGCUACAAUUGCUCAGCCGCCGGUACCCAGCUAUCUGUCACAACAUACCCGUAUAACAUUCCAAGUGGCACUCUAGUUCCGAAUUGGGCUUACCUGAACGUGACCAGCGGGAGUGGCACGUUCGACGCCACCCUGGCGCAAGCCGAUGGAGAUUCUCCCGAAUCUUCCGCGACCACAGCACAAUCCACUGGCACAGCCACUCAUUCGACCACUGUGUCUGGUUCUUUGACCACUCCUCCGACCACAGCCACAGGAUCGUCGUCGUCGUCAUCUAGUUCGAACGUUGGAGCUAUAGCUGGGGGUGUUAUCGGUGGAAUCGUCGGACUUGCAGCUAUCGUAGGCCUUGCGGCGUGGUUCUUUGUCAAACGCCGUCGCUCCUCCAAAGCGCCAUCGGCCGCGUUCAGCGACAUUGGUGGAGGUCCGGGUUAUACUCAAAGUGUUUACUCCGCUAACCCUCAUUCGUUCCCAAUGCAAUCCCAAAUGACGCAGCAACCGCGUCUCUACGAUCCCGCCGACCCGACCACUUUCCCAACUUCUCCUCCCUCCCCUACCGUCUUAACCACCUCAUCUAACAUCUACCAAAACCCAUCGAUACCCUCUCCUGUCUUCUCCCAACAACCGCGUCCUGGACAGUACACUGGUACUCCGGAGAUUUGAAUGCGAGCGCAAAGAUGACCAUUGGAUGUGAUUCCCCUACCAUAAUUUGACGACAUUUGUAUAUCCAUGUAGCUGCGUGUCCGGUCUCUCAUUUCUUGGCUUAGUGCUUAUUAUUGUCGUGAUAAGCUCUCUUAUUCCUGUUACAUGUUGACUGAACCUCGGUUGAGCUC